CUGUGUCCCGGGAAGCAGGUGAAGAAAUUGACCAAUCAGACUGCAGCAGGCUAACAUUAUUUAGAAGAGAGUAGACAAUGGGGGAUGCGUGAAAUAAAGUGACCAGCUGCUGCAAUAAACAACACUGUAGCCUGAAAGGAUCCAUCAUGUCGUGGAAUGUGUUGAUAAUUGGGCUGAUUUGGAUACUAAUAACAGGGGGCUCUCCACCACCAAGUAAAAAUCCAGAUGAUCCACAUGGAAGCAGCCCCGGAGGUCCUCCUUCUAAAUUCAGGGAGUUUGUGGACAAAAGCAAUGAAGCUGAAAAGCUCAUUGCAAGUGCCAGAAGCUAUGCGGACAAUCUACUGCCCAAAGCCACAGGCUCUGAAAAAUUACAGAAACUAAACAUUGUCUUGGAAGAAGGAAAAGCAGCAAAAGACCUACCUGUUAUGGACAGUACUGACCACAGGGUCAUUCUUGUCUUAGGAGAAGAUGAAGUCGCAGUGCAAGCUGGUAAAGACUAUUACGAAAAAGAAUACCAUAAGACUGGGACCAAAAAAACUCUUUUACAGUGGCGGGACAAUGCCAUUCAUUUGGUUAAAAGCACACGCCAAAACCACCUUGAUGUGUCCAAGGACUCCAAACUGGUCAUUAUCGGACAUGGAUCUGUGGCCGAUGAGAUACGAAUCAAUGGUCUAAAUGCUGAUGAACUUUCUAAAGUCAUCCUUAGUCUUAAAAAUCAAAAUUCCCCUCUACACUUCAGGUCAAAGUCAAUCAAAAUGAUAACAUUGCUCUCCUGUGGCACUGGUGCUGGGAAUGAGGGAUGGAAAUUUGCAGAAGAUUUUCUUAUCCACCUGCGUGAAAAUUAUUUAGAAGUUGGCAGAAUCUCCGCUUUCAAAGUUGGAAUUGCAGUUCUACCAACUGGAGAAAAAGUAACAAGAGGUGAGGACAACUGGCUGAGACACAAGUCUGACCACAAACUGAUGGCGAAGCUGGGGGAGGAUAAUCGGCUGAAGGAGGUUCAGACCUCAGUGGGACAAGAUGAGGGAUGGAUAUGGAUGGGGGAAACAUCUAGUGAGCCAGAAGGACUGGUCAAUUACCAAUUUAAAAUGUUUGACAGAAGUAAAAAAUCCUAUUGCAAUUUGAAUCCUGAGCAGACAGAUGACAUACUGGCCAUAAAAACCAGACAGAUAUUUGAAAAUGCAAAAAAGCAUCCCACUAGUCCAGAAAUUUCAGAAAGAGAUGUAAUAACCCUUACAGAUGAUGGAGUUAGAGUGACAGAAAAAGUAAGAGUAAGAACAAUAAACAGCAUAAAUGACCUUUUAAACCAAAUACAAGACUUAACUGAGGAGAGUCUAACGGAGAGACAAAACAUGAUAAUGGUAGAAAAAAACAAAGACUUAUUGUCACGUAAAGGAAUUGCAAUUAAUGAUGAUGUAAAUGAGAACUGGAAAAAUAUUAAAAAUGUUAUAGAAUCAGAUGUCGACAUUAGACAUAUGUAUUACGGAAUAACAAAUAGUCUAAAAAACAGGAAUGUUUACUUUCAGUUUGGAAAUUACGUCCUAAAAAUGAAUUUAGAAAAUUUUUACAUAGAGUCUUAUGGCGUACUUGACAAUAAUAUAGCGCUUCCUGACAAGCAUAGCGUGGAUUAUCCCAGCUUUGAUACACAAAUGGGUCAUCCUGAUGAAUUUGUUAACAUGGCAAAAAUGUGGGUGCAAGGGCAAAAUACUGAGCUGGCAAGCCAAUUUUCAAAUUUGAACGUGUAUGAUGCUAUGGCUGUUAUUGCCACUCAUGUGUCAGAAGUUAUAAGAAAUCCUCAAACACAUUUAAUGAAUAGAAUGCUGUGGGAUUUUAGUCCAAACUGGAAACAAUUUCGAAGUCUUAAUCCUAUGACAAGAGGGGGUUCUUGGAGCACAAUCCACACAGAAAUAGGGAAUAACUAUGAGCCAAAAGAAAAGAUAACAACUCUCAGUCGUAGUGUUUUAUAUAACUGGCUUAAAAGUAUAAAAAUAAGAAAUACCCUAGAGUUCAUUUUCCGACAAUAUGAUGAAAUAGGUUUAAGACCAAUGACUAAUAAUGAAAUGCAAACCAUAAUAGACAAUGAUAUAAUUCCAACUUUGCCUUCAGAAUUGGCUGACUCUCCAAAUAUUAAAUGGAAGCCAAGCACACAAUUAAGAUCCUUAGGAGAAAUUUUCACAAUGAAAGAUAUGAUUUUGGAAAAGGCUUUUCAGCCACGGCUGGCCAUUAAAAAUUCUGAGGUAAAAUUUAGGUUUAUUAAAGAAAUGCAGCAAGUUAUUGACAAGCAUAGCAAAAAAGACAAUGUUUUGUAUGAGCCUGUGGCAGACUCCAUUGAAGUGGAGGGAAAUGUGUUAAAAAUGAGACUGAAAAGAUCUGGAGAUGUACGAGUCACCAAACAAGUCACAGAAGAAAUAAGCGAUAUCACUUUGAGCUCCAAAGACACACUAGAGGCUCAACUCCAUAAUCUUGAAGGAGGUUUUACUGAGAAACCUGGUGCAGUGAGCAGAGUCGGCAAUGUCCUUGGCAUCUAUGGUACCCUUAUGGGAUUCAAAGCAGCAAAAGACUUUUUUCAUCAAGGCAGAAAUGUAGAAGGAGGAAUCUCACUGGCUCAAGGAAUUCACGGAGUCGGAGAGCUCACCCAAGUCAAUAAGGCAGUUUUUAAAAUGCUCCAGAAAUCAACAGAUCAGGCUUUGACGAGGAUAGCACAAAACCUUGAAAACGAAGCAGCUGAAAAACUUUUAAGUGGGGUUUCGAAAGUGGGUGUUCUGGCCGAAUCAGUUCCAUUAAUUUCCAUAAUGUUUACAGGAUUUAAUAUUUACGAAGACCUUAAGCAAGCAAGUCCAAUUGGUUAUGCGGAUGCUGCACUUGACACCACAAUCCUUUUAACAAGCCUGGCAGGACCUGAACUAGAGCCUGUGGUUCUUGGCUUGAUAAUCAUUCGACUUGGCAUUGACUCGUUUUACCACGAAAUUAAAUAUGAAAUUGACUCACUCCCCCCAGACGCCACUGGCGAGGAGCGAUUCUGUGCUGUUAUGAAGGGAAUUGGCCUUGGCACAAUAGAUGUCCUCGUAACUGUUUAUGAUGUUUGGUCCCAGUUUGCUGCUAUCAGCCUUGCUUGGAGAAUUCCCAAGCUUCGUGAGCAACACAUUAAAGACAAGGCACUUCUUGAGGAGCUGAAACACUCUGAAAAUUAUUAUAAAAUUAUAGAAGAAAGGAAGGAAGGUGGCUGCUAUAAGACAAUUGAUUUCACGGCAGGGAAAUAUUCUUCUUUAGGUGGGGCUUUUGAAGUACAACUAGAUGAUAAGAACUGUGUGACUAUAGCCAUGCAUGAUCCAGUCAGUCAAGCAAGAAUUGAAGAAACACAAUGUCUCAGCCUGGAUUGUGAAGUUAAUGACAUUGUGUUAGGAGUAGGUGAAUCAAGCCAUUUCCAGCUAACCAAGAAGACAGAGACAAUGCUGUUCUUCAUUCCUGUUUACAGUGCAGACAUUAUUAGUGGCUACAAGGAUGACGAGACAACUUUGUUUGGCACCUACAGGGGAAACUCAAAAGCAAACCACUUUUACACAGUACAGAAGCUACCGGAAGGUUUUAAAUAUACGCUGAGUAAUUAUCAGUAUAACAUUUAUGGACAAAAUGGUAAUGAUGUCUUCUAUGUGGGUCCGCAGAGAACCUUCACCCAAGGAGGAAAUGGCCAAGACGUGUAUUAUAUUCCAGAAACUGGUGGAAAUAUAGUCAUUGACAAUCUAGCAGAAGAUGGCUUCACAGAUCUUAUGAUUUUUAAUGUCCCUUUUGAAGAGAUUUCUGCAAAAAAAUUGAGAAAUGAUCUGAUGAUAUUUUAUACAAACAGUCACUAUGUGAUAAUUAAAAAUUGGUUUCUGGGAGAACAAUAUAAACAUAUGAAAUUUGAAAGUUCAGAGUCAUAUACAUUUCAGAUUGGGGAAACUAGACCUGAUAAUUACAUUCAUAUUAAAAUAAUUUCUUUGGAUUUUUCUUCUUGGCCAAAGGCGAAAAUUGUCAAGUUACGGAAUAAGCCAUUUGAGAAUGUCAUCGGUUGUACCGGAAGCAAAUUUGAUGAUACCAUAAUUGGCAAUGAUCUACCUAACGUUAUAUCAGGAGGACUGGGUGCAGACUAUCUUGAGGGAGGGCAAGGAAAAGAUAUUUAUUUCAUAGCAGCAGAUGACAGCUGUAAUGUUCUCAACAACUUUGCCUCAGAUGCUGAAACUGAUGUGGUGAAAAUCGAUUCUGAUUUCCACAAUCUCCGUUUGAAAUCUGGUGAAGGGUUGGAUGUUAUGUUAUUGGAUGAAUUUUCCAGAAAUACAAGUUGCAUUAUUUUGAAAAAUUGGAGACGUGACUGGAGGUGGCAGCAUGCAGUUUUUAUGACCAGAGACUAUUACACAUUCCAAAUUUCAAACAAGACUGACCCUGGCAGUAUCGAAGGACUUUUAAUAGAUUACACGGAUUCUCCCAAAGGAGUCAUUGUAGACCUGGAAUCGUUAGAUGGAAGUGACAACAUCGUAGCCAUUAUAGGAUCUCCAUAUGAGGACAAAAUCUAUGGAAAUAGUAAAGCUAAUUUUCUAACUGGAGGGAGCGGAGAUUAUCUGGAGGGAAGAGGACAAAGUGAUACAUAUGUGGUUCAAUGCCAGGAAAAUGGAAAAACAAUUAAACUUAACAACUUUGACAGCAGCAGGGAGCAGGAUGUUUUAUUACUCUCUUCAGACUUUAAUGACUUGCAGUUUUUAAAAUCAGGUAAGGACAUCGUGAUUCAACAUCAUAGGCAAAAUGGCUGUGAUAUUCUAUUGGUAAAUUGGUUACAAUCAGAAGACUACCGGCAUUUAUUGAUUAAGACCAAAGAUGGUAUCAUGUUUAUACUUGAGAUUAAUAAUUCCAAAAUACUUCCUCGUGUGCAGAUUAUUGAUAAAUCAAAUUCCCGUGAAAAAGUCAAUCUGAUUAAUGCAACUCCAGUUGAUUUGUCUGAUACAAGAACAAUUAUAGGGUCUCCAGCAGAUGACCAGAUAUUUGGCAAUGACCAAAGCAAUUACAUCGACCCAAGGAAAGGAAAUGCCUUCAUGCAGGGGGUCAAUGGAAGAGAUACUUAUGUGCUCAAUGGAGUAAAAGGAGAUCAAUACUUAAUUAAUAAUUAUGCCGAAGACUUAAAAAUUGACAUCUUAAAAUUUGGAGCUAAAUUUAGCGAAAUAUCCAUUACGCUAAAAGGUGAAGAUGUUCUGUUGUCAUCUAGAAAUCUGACAUGUCUUCUAGCAAGUUAUGCCUCGGGCCAAGCAGAAUAUCAGCAUUUAGCAAUCGUGAGUAAUGAUGGUGUGACAUUUACUCUGUCAGACUCUAAGUCUUAUAAUGCAGUUCCUUUAAAUAUAGACAUGGAGAUGUUUCAGGAUCAGCACUUGAACCUCACAACUGGUCCUUUCUCCUCUGUUACAUCUGUCCAUGGUAACAAAUAUCAUCCAAAUGUAAUAUUUGGUAAUCAGCUGAGUAAUUCACUUCUAGGUGGUGAUAAAUCAGACUACAUACAUGGGAAUGAGGGGGAUGAUACAAUUCAUGGAAAAGAUGGAACAGAUUAUUUAUCGGGUGGGCCAGGGGAUGAUGAAAUCCAUGGAGGAGAUGGUGAUGACUGGAUCCUUGGUGGAAGCGGGAACGAUGUAAUCUUCCCAGGACAAGGCAAGGACAGAAUCCAUGGUGGGCUGGGAAUCGAUACCUUGCUAUUUUCUGGGAAUCAUGAGAAGCAGACCGGUGUGAUGGUCAACCUAGAUACUGGAUAUGGAAUGGGCGCAGAUGGUGAUGGUGACCUAUAUUUUGAUAUAGAAAAUGCCUUUGGUACCAGCUACAAUGACAUACUGAUAGGCAAUAACAAUAACAAUCUCUUGAGUGGAGACCAUGGAAAUGAUAUUAUUGUCCCUUUAGAUGGAGAUGACUUCUUGAGUGGAGGAAACGGACAUGACAUUUAUUACUUAGCUGGGGCAUCAGGAUUAAAGAUCAUUGACAAUUUCUCAACAGACCAAAAUAUUGACCUAAUCAUUGUGGAUUCCUUCACUAUGCAAGAUUUUGAAGUGGAGAAAAAUGGCCUUGAUUUGGUGUUACAUGUGAAGGCUAAGGGGAAAAUCAAUUUGUUUGGUCCACUUUUGAUGAAGAACUGGUUUAAAAGCUGUGCAUACAGAAAUAUUCUAAUCAAGCUGGAUAAUACAUAUAACAUGAAUUCAUUUUAUAGAAACUCCUGUUAGCUAUGUGAAAUAUAGCAAAAUUAUAACUUUGUUUUUAAGAAUGUAAGACAUAAUUACAAAUACGGAUGUAACACUAAUAUUACCGCAGGACAUUUUGACCAUAUUCUGUUAUGAAAUGAAACAUGUCUUUCAAUGGCAAUCAUGUUUAAAGAGUCUGAAACAAAGAUUUUGGAUUAUGUUACAUGGGUCUCAAAUAAAAUUAUUCAAUCUGA